AUGGCACAAGCUCAAAAACAACGCGGCAGGCAGCAAGAGCAAACGAGAGAAGCUGACCAGGCACUUCUUCAGGUUUGCAUUGAAAUAAGUGUAUCCAGAAAGAGUUAUGAGAUGUAUUAUAGUCUGCGAUAGAAUCAAACCAACAAGAACAAGAUGAGAACAGCUACACAGUCAUCGACCGGCUCGAGGUAAUUUUUGCCAAAGUAUUUCGAAAUCGUAAUUUUUGUUUUGACUUGCAAGUGUUAUUCAAAACAGGAAAAAAUUGAAAAUUUUCUCACGAUCCCACUAUUCCGGAGGUUCUAGACAUUUCAAAUGAUUUCAGAGCAACGGAAUUGCCUCGAAUGAUAUUGCCAAGCUCAAAGAAGCUGGAUUUUUCACCGUCGAGGCUUUGGCUUACACUCAUCGCAAAGAAUUAUUGGCGGUGAAAGGAAUCAGCGAACAAAAAGCCGAAAAACUCGUGGUAAAUGGUGGUUUGAACUGGAAGAAAGAUCAUUUUUUCGGUUUUAAGGUGUAACAAUUUAACAGAUUUUCCAGUGAUUUUUCUUUGAAAUGAACAUAUCUCACAUCUUUCAAAGAAAAAACCUUUGACUUCUUCCAGAAAGAAGCGAUGAAAUACGUGCAGAUGGGCUUCACAACAGCGUCGGAAGUUCAUUUGAAACGCAGUCAACUUGUUCAGAUCCGGACGGGAUCUGCCGCUUUGGACCGUCUUCUGGGCGGUGGAAUUGAGACCGGCGCUAUCACUGAAGUCAGUUCUUGCUAGAUUUUGAACAAGGUGUACAGCAAACUGGUGGAAGGUUAAAGAAUUUCUUCAAUAAUCUACAAAAAGUUUUAGAAAGCUGGACUAUAAUUUGUUCAAAUUUGUAUUGAAUUACCAUGUCCAAAACAGAUCAGUUCCUAAUUCUAAUAGGAUAAAGCGAAUACAAGAGAAAGAGAGGUCAUUUGAUUGAGAGUUUCAAUAUUUUAUGGAACUUGACCAAAGAAUUUCUUUUUAUCCAUCUGAAUGUCUUGAAAUUCUCAAAAUGUAAAACUCGUUAAAUAGCGAAAAAAAAUUCUCCAUUUUUUAAUUCCUCUGUGCUGAUGGUUCAGAAUUUGCAACGCCUUUUCUCGAAAUUUAAGAGUUUUUCAGUUUGAGACUUUUAGGAUUAUGGUGACAUUUGUCAGAGAAUUUUUUGGUCAUUUUCAAGAACUUUAAAGUUCCAAGUGAAGCUGCCUUUUUUCAGAGUAUCAUUGAACUGUUCGAGAAAAAAGGAAAAAUUUCGAAUUUAUCAGGUCUACGGCGAAUUCCGGACGGGAAAGACCCAAGUAUGUCACAAUCUGGCGGUGAUGUGUCAGCUGCCGAUUGACAUGGGCGGCGCAGAAGGCAAAUGUAUGUGGAUCGACACGGAAGGCACGUUCCGACCUGAAAGAUUGCUGGCCAUCGCUCAGAGGUUCCGAAUUUUCCUUCCGUGAAAAAAAUGGAUGUAGGAAAAAAGUCGCGAAGAAAGAAAAGAAGCGCUUUUCAUACAUGGACACUCUUUUGAGUGAAGAGGUUGACUUUAAAAAAAUUUGAAACAAAAAAGAUGAAUGAUAAUUUUAAACUUCAGGACAACACAAAAAUAGACAAAAAAAAACAAUUUCAACCAAAGAGGUGCUCUAUUUAUUUUGAAGAGAAGGGGUGUUUUGAAAAUGGUCUGAAGUAGCCGAAACAGUUUGAAAAAAAUCAACAUUCGAAAUAUUUUCUAAAAAUAAAAAAAGCAUGUUUUCUUUUUGAAGUCAAGAGUUCUAGGUUCAACUUGUCCGGAGAACACGUCUUGGAAAAUGUCGCCGUCGCUCGUGCUUUCAAUUCUGAACACAUGCAAGCGCUUAUCACGAGAGCUGGUCUGUUUUAAUUUUUUAUGUACUGCUAAUCAAAAACUUGGAAAAGAAGUACGAAAAGUAUCAUUUUCCAGGAGCAAUGAUGUCCGAGAGUAGAUACGCGGUGUUGAUUGUCGACUGUGCCACUUCACAUUUUAGGUCUCAAAAUUUUUUUGCAUUCAUUAUCUUUAAGUUUCAUCAUAUUCCUAGUUCUAUAAUCACUUCUAAAGCUUUUAUCGAUUCUUUUGAAUUUUCAGAACGGAAUACGCUGGUCGAGGUGAGCUCGCGGCUCGACAAUGUGCUCUGGCAAAGUUUGUUCGAAUAAGAUUUUUAUGAUUGAAUGAGAAUCUCAGGUUCCUGAGGACUCUGGCGAAGCUCGCAGAUGAGUUUGGUAUCGCUGUGGUCAUCACUAAUCAGGUUAGGUUGAAUUUCUAGUACUUGUUUUGCUAAUGUUUUGGUCUUUUUUUUAUUUAUCGAUUCGGCUACGAUUUUAGUGUUCAACUAAUUUUUUUAAAUAUUUUUGUGUGAGGAAAUUUCUGUCAAAACCUUUUUCAACACAGAAAACGAAAUAUCUUCUCCUAAGAAGUUCAAACCAAGUUUAUUCCAACUGAGAAACUCCAGGUGGUCGCUUCAGUGGACGGCGGCGCUGGAAUGUUCCAGGCGGACCCGAAAAAGCCGAUUGGCGGCAAUAUUAUGGCCCACAUGACCACUACGAGGUGAUCUUUCUCACCAACUACUGAUAUGAAUGUGCACUUUUUAAGACUUUACCUGAAAAAGGGCAAGGGCGAGACCCGAAUAUGCAAGGUCCAUCAUUCGCCGAAUCUUCCCGAGUCUGAAGCCACUUUUGCGAUCACCAAUCAAGGCAUUGAUGAUGCGGCGGAAUGA